AUGGAUGACUUUAUCACCAAACACGGCGAAAAGACGGAUUUCUCUUCAGCGGGCGGCACUGUCUGCGUCACUGCGGGUGGUGCUCCAGACAAGGCUGACUACAAUCAAUUGACUGUCGUACGGCCUGAUGCUUCAUACGAUCUUGGCGGUGGUAGCUGUAAGGAUGCCGUAAAAAGUAUCCUCAAUGACUGCAUCUUGUCUGGCAAAUAUUACGGUGGUUAUUUCAAAGGGAAAGACGGAUUGUACAUUGAGCAAACAAACUUGAACUUCCCGCGAAAUCCGACGCUGGAUAAUGGCUUCGCGAUUCCCAACAUCCCGAAUGAUGUUGUGAAAUCGGCGCUUGAUGGCCCGGCCCCAACUACGACGACCUUCAAGCCAUCAAAGCCGUUUGCGACCGUCGCCGGUAUAUAUGCGUAA